UUCAACACUGCAUGUAAACAGGUUUCGUAAAUUGAUUCGUCAUUGAGCUCUAGCGCAAAGUACUACAUUUUGGCUGUCAUUUUAUUUAUAAAAAGUCAAAUAAAAUCUUAAAUAAUGCCUUUAUACAAAGUUAAAGUGAAAUGGGGACGAGAAAACUUUCAAGGGAUCGAAGUUAAUACCGACGAAGAACCUCUUCUGUUCAAAGCCCAACUUUAUGCUCUGACUGGUGUUCAACCAGAUCGUCAAAAAGUUAUGUUCAAAGGUAGCCAGUUGAAAAACAACGAAUGGAACAUUCAGCUAAAAGAAGGUGCAGCAAUUUUCCUAUUGGGAACAAAAGAAGAAGUACCACAGCUACCCCAAGAACCAACCAUGUUCAUCGAAGACAUGAAUGAAUCGGAAUUAGCGACCGCUCUUGAAUUGCCGGCAGGUCUAACUAAUCUGGGAAAUACUUGCUACAUGAAUGCAACAGUCCAGUGUUUGAAAUCCGUUCCAGAGCUAAGAGAAGCUUUAAUGGAGUUCAAGGACGAUUGUUCAUCGUCUUCUUCAAAAAUUACAACAGCAAUUAAAUCAGUUGUUACUCAACUUGAUAAGGGGUGUACAGUUACACCUAUUUUGUUGCUCCAAACAUUGCACACAGCGUUUCCUCAAUUUUCCCAAAGUGAAGGAAAUGGCACCUACAGACAGCAAGAUGCCAAUGAAUGUUGGUCCGAAAUCUUAAAAAUGUUGCAAGACAAGUUACCAGCAAAAGUAAGUGAAAAGAAAUAUAACUCAUUUAUAGAACAGUACUUUGGAGGCUGUUUUGAUGUCGAAAUGAAAUGUAGCGAGUACCCGGAGGAACCGGCUAGUCAAAUCAAAGAAAAUUUCCUGCAAUUGAGUUGCUUCAUUUCACCUGAAGUAAAGCACAUGCACACUGGUUUAAAAUCAAAAAUGCAGGAGCAACUUACAAAAUUUUCCGAAGCCCUUGGGAGGGAUGCUGUAUAUGUUCGGUCAUCGAAGAUAAGUCGUCUGCCAGCAUAUCUCACCAUACAAUUUGUUCGUUUUCAAUAUAAAGGAAGAGAAGGGAUCAAUGCAAAGGUCUUGAAAGAUAUUAAAUUUCCCAUUGAUUUUGAUGCAUUUGAACUCUGUACACCUCAGCUACAGGCUAAACUUACACCUGAACGUGAGAAAUUGAAGAAACUAGAGGACGAAAAUUUAGAAAAACUGGAUGAGGAAGUAAAAGUUGAAAAGGCAAACGAGAAAUUUACUCCAGGCGCCGUCCUCACUUCAUUUGCAGACGAUCUUGGAAGCAAUAAUUCUGGGUAUUAUACUUUACAGGCUGUUUUAACACACAAAGGCAGAUCAAGUUCUUCGGGACAUUACGUAGGAUGGGUGCGUCAGGGAAUUGACAUCUGGAUGAAGUACGAUGACGAUGUAGUGUCUCCAGUCGCAACAGAGGAUAUUCUUAGACUGUCCGGAGGUGGUGAUUGGCAUUGUGCAUAUGUCUUAUUGUAUGGACCCAGAACUUAGAUAAAAUUCCUUAUGUAUUUAAUCAAUUUUAAUUCCUAACGAUCAUUUCAACUAAAUUUCAUGAAACCUUUUCCAAAUACAUAGAUGUUUUUCUUUUAA